AGAAUAUUCGUACGAAUGGUGGUUUUGGAUGGUUGCAACUGGAGUCACUCUUGGUUUAACAUUAAGUGUAAAAUUGGUUGGUCUAUUUACUGUUCUCACUAUCGGAAUGGCAGUAAUAGUUGACUUGUGGAAUUUGUUGGAUAUAAAACGUGGACUAUCAAUAGAACAAUUUAGACAACAUUUCUAUGCGCGUGCUGUCGGUCUCAUCAUUGUACCAAUUGUCGUCUAUUUGUUUUGGUUUUAUAUUCAUUUUGCUGUAUUAAUUACAAGCGGUCCUGGUGACUCGUUUAUGAGUCCGGCGUUCCAAGAAACGCUCCAAGGAAAUGUGAUGGCGCUUGAAAGUCUUGAAAUAAGAUUUAAUGACACGAUUACUUUAAAGCACAAAGGUACUUCGGUCUUUUUACAUUCUCAUCCUCAACGUUAUCCUCUUCGAUAUACCGAUGGACGUAUUAGUAGUCAAGGACAACAGGUUACUGGUUAUAAAUUUGAGGAUGCCAACAAUUAUUGGCGAGUUAUACCUGCAAAGAUUUUUAUGGAUCCUUCAAGACCAGAUGAUGAUUUUGUGAAACAUGGAGAUUAUAUAUUACUUGAACACAUCGGUACACAGUCUCAUCUACUUACUCAUGAUGUGGCUUCGCCUUUGAUGCCAACAAAUCAAGAAUUCACGACCAUGCCAGCAGAUGAUGAUUCCCGUUAUAAUGAGACCGUUUUUCAGGUUUUAAUAGAUGAUGGUGAAUCAGACACAGUAUGGAAAACAAAGUCUAGUUAUAUACGUUUGGUUCAUUUUGAUACAAAAGUGGCAUUGUGGACGCACGAUAAAAUGUUACCAGAGUGGGGCUUUAAACAGCAGGAAAUUAAUGGAAACAAGAAUAAUAUGGAACGGAGUAAUAUUUGGUUUGCGGAUCAAAUUGUUGGAAAGAAUG